AUGAUAAGUAUGAAAUCAGUGAAUCUUCUCACGAGUUUACUAAGUGAUAAUAGGCUCAUUAGGGCUAACUUUUCGGAUUGGCUCCGUAACCUGAACAUUGUCCUGAACAUGGAGGCUCUGGGAUACAACUUGGAGACUCAGGAGAUUGAAUUCCCUGGCGGGGAUGCUACGAGUAAUCAGCAUAACGCAUAUGAUAUGUGGUCUGCUGCUGACACGAGGGUCCGCUGCUAUAUGCUUGCUUCCAUGAGCAAUGAGUUGCAGAAGCAGCAUGAGAACAUGAAGAGUUCUCGUGAGAUCUUGAAUAAUCUUAGGGAGCUCUAUGGGGAGAAUAACAGGACCGCACGAUAUGAGAUAUCGAAGGAAUUGUUCCGUGUGAGAAUACAGGAGGGAACUGAAGUCACAGCUCAUGUGUAG